GUUUCUGUGGGGACUAAAUUCACUUGCGGAACAAAAUCAGGUUAGGUGUCUCAACCAGAAGUUCCUCGUGAUCGAGCAUCACUCUCGUGGUGCCGCACAAGAGGACUGUGUCUUGCCUGUGGUACAUAGGGAACCUUAUCUCUCCCACCCAGAGAGGCUUCGCGUAAUGGAGUAAGCUGCAGUUUCAUUUCAGGUAAAAUUUUUAUUCUGAUCAUUUCCUGUUUCAACCAUCUGAGACAAUCAUGGAGCUUUACUGGUACAUAGUCGUCAUACUCUUCAUCAUCAUAAAGAUCUUCUUCUAUGUCUGCUGGUACCGUUCACGGCGGCGCCAGCUGACAGCCUUCCUCAGCAACCCGCGCAACACCCAGAUCGUUAUCGUCGGAGGCCGGGCGUACCUGCAGCAGGUAUGCGAAAGGGAGAAUGCUUCCGUGCGGCCUAUCUGGCGUGCCAAUCAGGAUGACGGCUCACCCAGCGCGCCCCCCGCGCCCGCUCCAACCGCGCCGUCCUAUGCUCAGUUCGAUGCUCCCCCACCUUACGAAGCCAUCUCAGGAACAGAUGAACUGAAGCCCCCUCCUUACAGCGAGUGCAUGCUGGGCGGAGCCAGUGUAGGGUCCUGGCCCGAUCAAGCUGCCGCAACACCCAACCCCGGCAGGAUCACAGGCGCGCCUCCUCCCUACAUACCCUACCCCUGUGCAGGGGAAGGCCCGUCCGGCACAGGGCCAGGGAGUUAGGCCCCACAGCCCGUAUCGGGCCGGCACGGUGUGGCCUCGGAUCUCCGGCCCCUCCGGUUUUAAAAGCAGGAUGACGAGAGGGACGAGGACAAUGCCCUCGCUCGCAUCCUGGCGAGAAAAAAUAAACUGUUAAACACUUUCCCUUGUUUUUGGCUUCACAGAACAUUAGAAAAGUAAAUGGGAAAGCAGACUCUUUGAAAGAAGAGGGAAGUAACUGGGGACUCUGAAUGGUACUCAGCUGAUUCAUUCAUGGAGGUUUUUAUUUUUUAACCAUUGGCCAAGAACUUCCUUCCGCUUAACUGAACUUUUGUUCAGCUGUGGACUCUAUCAUUGAGGUUGCUGAGAAGCGGAGGAAAAGCGCUUGUGUUAUCAUGUCCUCGUCGCUGCGGCAGCCUCUGAAUGCAAUGACUGACCACAGACGUGACCUCGCCUUUGGCAGGAGGGCCAAAACCGGCCCCAUUGACCCUGCUCCCUGCCCUGUGUCUUAUUCUAGGGGAACCAUCAAAGUAAAACAAUAAACCACAAAUGGGGUCACAAAAUGAACUUUGUUUUACAGUGAGUGUAUUUGCGUCAGCAUGAGGUGAAUUGCUCAAACUGAUAGUUCUCAGCACUGAUCGGCUUUUACUUUUGAUAAGUGGUGGGAGAAAGUGGUCAGUGAUUCCCUGAUUUUAAGCAAUCAGGCUGUAUAGAUGUGGAGUGCAACAUAUUUUAUUAGUUCAAACAAGCCACUGAUUGACAGUACCAGGUGGCUCCACCCAUUAUGGGCUCCAUAAAGCCUCACUUUCCUAUCACUCUUUAGCAGGUCUACUGGCUGCGUAGCUGUAAUUUACACAAACACUUACAUUCCUAUGAACAACUUCCGUAAUGACCUGUUCUCUUUCCUUUCGCUACAUUUGAUCUUGGCAGCAUCAGUAACACGAUCUCCCCCUUUAAGCCAGGCCUUAAAAAGGGACCGCGGAGUAGCCUCAAAUUGACUGCAGCCUUUGGAUUGCAUUGCAUCGCACUGCAUUAUGUACAUUGUAGUCCCGCUGACGUAGUUUGCUUCGUUAUAUGCAUAUUCUGGUUAAGUGCAUAAUGUCACAACUGUUCCAAGCCUAUGCAGUUACCCGAAAUUGACUGUAGUCAAUGAGAUUAUAGCAGACAAAUGUCAAGGGUGCAGUUUCAGGUCUAAAGGUUGCAGCCAUUGCACAGUGUUCCUCAGGCGGCUUUGUGUGCUAUCUAGAAGGUCACAGCCACCAAGGAGGGCGAACUAAUUGAGAAUGCUCCCUCCUUGUCAGUUCGUUUUGAACACAUGCUCUGUUCAGGGCUAGGUCUGUUGCCUUUCAAUGCACUUUGCACCUAAUUUAUGUUCUUAAUUUUAAAGAUAAAAUACAGAAAUGAAAUAUGCGUUUAUUUUCCAAAUGUCUUUUUCAGUGUUUUUCAGAAAAUGUGUCGAUAUAUUUUGGCAGGCUAAAUAAGUGUGUAUACUGUAAAAUGGUAACAGAAUUGUUUUGUCUCAA